AUGUCGUCGAUACCUCCACCUGCGCCGACGCGUGUCUUGACGCGUGAAGAAGGGCCGUUGGUAUGGAUUGAUUGCGAAAUGACGGGGCUCGAUACACAAACGGACCGCCUGCUUGAAAUUGCCUGUAUCAUUACAGAUGGGCAGCUACAGCCUGUCGACGAGGGUGUGUCGUAUGUGAUUCAAACCGACAAGGCCAUCUUGGAUCGAAUGGACGAGUGGUACGAGACAACUACCCAUACGAGUACAGGACUUAUGGCUGCCUGUCUUGAUGCAGAGCAGUCACAUUCUCACACCGAUGUACGUACAGCCAUCUUGGCGUAUGUGUUGGAUCGUAUCCCUGAGGCACGUGUUGCAUGUCUCGCAGGGAGUACCGUUCAUGCGGAUAAGGCCUUUCUCGUGAAUGAAAUGCCCGAACUUAUUGCGCAUUUGCACUACCGCAUUGUGGAUGUGUCGUCUAUUAAGGAGCUAGCGCGUCGAUGGUAUGGAGAGGAAGCCAUGCCAGUCAAGCAAGUGGGCGUGGCUCAUCGAGCCAACUCAUACUUCCCAAGUGCACUGGAUGAUAUUCGUGGGUCCAUCGCCGAAUUGGAGCAUUACCGUACCCAUCUGUUCCGCGAGUCUCUGUAG